AAUUGAAAUUGGGAUUGGCGUCGCUGAUCAUCUUCAUCAGCAAUCAGUAGCAACCACAUGCGAAUAGUUUGGUGGAUAUAAUUUUGUUGGCAUUUGAAGUUUAGAAACUGCCAUUUACCUGUAAUUUUUAAAGAAAAGUAACAAAAAUAUCGUAAAAUGUCGACAGUAGCUAGUCCUCUAGUUGUUGGUGGUAUUCGACAGUCCGGAGCUCCUGUAAGAACACAAAAUGUUAUGGCUGCAUGUGCAAUUGCUAAUAUAGUGAAGAGUUCUUUGGGUCCAGUUGGUUUGGAUAAAAUGCUUGUAGAUGACAUUGGGGAUGUUACUGUUACCAAUGAUGGAGCAACUAUUUUACGCUUGUUAGAAGUUGAACAUCCAGCUGCAAGGGUUUUGGUAGAAUUAGCCCAAUUACAAGAUGAAGAAGUUGGAGAUGGAACUACAUCAGUAGUAAUAGUUGCAGCAGAACUACUAAAAAAUGCUGAUGAACUUGUAAAACAGAAGAUUCAUCCAACAUCUGUAAUUAGUGGAUACAGACUUGCUUGCAAGGAAGCUUGUAAAUAUAUUCAAGAACAUUUAACUGUCAAUGUAGAUGAGCUUGGGAGAGAUUGUUUAGUUAAUGUAGCAAAAACUUCUAUGUCCAGCAAGAUCAUUGGAGCUGAUGCUGAUUUCUUUGGAAACAUGGUUGUUGAUGCUGCAAAUGCAGUAAAAGUUAGUGAUGGAAAAGGAGGAUUUUUAUAUCCUGUGAAAGCAGUCAAUGUUUUAAAAGCUCAUGGAAAAAGUGUUAGAGAGUCUGUGAUAGUGCAGGGUUAUGCACUAAAUUGCACUGUAGCUUCUCAGGCAAUGACUAAAAGAAUAGUUAAUGCAAAAAUUGCAUGUUUAGAUUUCUCUUUGCAGAAGACAAAAAUGAAAUUAGGCGUUGAAGUAUUGAUUACAGAUCCUGAAAAACUAGAAGCAGUGCGACAACGCGAAGCAGAUAUUACAAAAGAACGUAUUCAAAAGAUUCUUGCAGUGGGUACAAAUGUCAUUCUCGUAUCUGGGGGAAUCGACGAUCUUUGUUUAAAGUAUUUUAUAGAAGCUAAAGCAAUGGCAGUUCGUAGAUGUAAAAAAGCAGAUUUGAAAAGGAUUGCAAAAGCUACAGGCGCCCAAUUUCUGACUUCCUUAACUAAUAUGGAAGGAGAAGAAAGUUUUGAUUCUAGUUUUCUUGGAGAAGCCGCUGAAGUAAUACAAGAAAUGAUUUGCGAUGAUGAGCUCAUUCUUAUCAAAGGACCGAAAGCAAGAACAGCAAGUUCUAUGAUAUUACGAGGACCAAAUGAUUAUUAUUGUGAUGAAAUGGAACGAUCUGUGCAUGAUGCAUUAUGCGCUGUAAAACGAGUUUUAGAAAGUAAAAGCGUGGUUGCUGGAGGUGGCUGUGUUGAAGCAGCACUUUCAAUUUAUUUAGAAAAUUUUGCUACAUCUCUCAGUUCUCGAGAACAAUUAGCUAUUGCUGAAUUUGCUAGAUCAUUAUUGGUUAUACCGAAGACGUUAGCAGUUAAUGCGGCCCAGGAUGCUACAGAUCUUGUAGCAAAAUUACGUGCUUAUCACAAUUCCAGUCAAACAAAAGCAGAUCUUGCAGAUCUAAAAUGGGUUGGUUUGGAUUUACUUGAGGGUACUAUUAAAGAUAAUAAAAAAGCCGGAGUAUUAGAACCAGCAAUUUCAAAAAUAAAAUCUUUAAAAUUUGCUACGGAAGCAGCGAUAACUAUUCUUAGAAUUGAUGACAUGAUCAAAUUAGAUCCAGAACGUUCAAGGGAUAAAUCAUAUCGUGAUGCAAUGGAAUCUGGCGAAUUGGAAGAAUAAAAUUGAAAUGCAUUUAUUCAUCUUUUUUCACAUGAUUUAUGUCAAAAAGAUUAGCUUUAUUCUUUAUUAUGAAUACUAUUUCAUAAUUUAGCGAUAAGAAAAUUGCAACUUAACAUUAAUAUUAAUACAUUCUCAUAAAUGAAUUUGCUGAAUAAAAUAAAAUUUUCACAUACAAAAA